AUGACGACGGAAUCGCUCGUCGUAGCAACACUCCUGCUUUUCGUCCGCCGCUCGUUUGCCUCGUCUCGUCGUUCUUACUUUGCCUGCCCAAAGAGCUCGUCCAUGGCCAUUCAAGCGGCCGUUGAUCUCGGCGGCGCCCACCUCUCCGGUCUGCGGCUGCCGUCUGUUCGCAGCCUGCUGGGCUUCGUCGGACACCUGCAGAUCAGGCUGCUCGAGCUCGACAGCGUCGUCUUCCCCGAGGGGAGCCCCCCCGUCCCUCGGCAUGACGUCCCACGGCCGCGCCCCUCGCUCCGCACCUUGCGGUACGACCACGGACACACCUUUUUCGACUGCACCCGCACGCUCACGAGCUUCCCGUUCCGGGUCAGGCUGUCCAACAUCAUCCUCUGCAGCCAGCGCUGUCCCCCGCUAGAUGAGUGCACCGAGCAGCUGGUGGCGAAGUAUCUCCAGCUCUUUGCGGUACUUCAUCCGUCCCAGGGUGUUAUCCCAAGGCUGCAGACCUACGCCUACUCCCUCCACCAAACCAGAACAGGGUCCGAAUCCGUCACCGUCCGCAUCCGCAAACUACACGCCUACGUCGGCACCGACACCCUCACCCUCACUUGCCCCGACGUCGACGUCGACACCCCCACCACCACGUCCUCGCUCCUCGCGCACCCAGAACCCGCGCUCGCCGCCAUCGCCGCCACCUGUCCAAAUCCCCCCGUGCUGCACCUCAAGUGCACGACCGCAGCCACGUGCCGCGCGCUAGUGCACGCCCUCCUCGACUCGCGCGCCCCCACACCCGCGCAGCUCCGUCCAGGGACGGCCUUCGUGCAGGUCGCCGCGCCGUACGGCCUGUUCGCCCUCAAAGAGAUUGUCGACGCGACGACGACGACGGCGGUGGCGGUGGCGGUAGCGGCGGUAGUGGCGGCGGCGAUGGUGGCGACGGUGGCGAAGGGGUCGUGA